AUGGAAGAAAACGGUACUUUGUCGUUCCCAGAUGACCUUUUCAAGAAAAAACCAAACAACACCCUAAAGAACAGCGUUUACACAAGAGAUCUGCGCUCUGAAUCUCAUCAGCACCUAGUCCAGAGUAUACAUGGUAAGGAAAAAGAAAUAGUGGAAGAAUUUGAACACGCGGAUUUAGAGAUUUUAGCGAUAACAGAAACUAAGAAGAAGAGCGUAGGGAUUACUGAAUUAGAAAAUGGACAUGUACUAGUAUUUAGCGGAGUACACAAAGAAAAAAGAGCAGCUGCAGGGGUAGGAUGCAUUAUACAUAAGAAGAUGGUACAACAAAUUAAUAAUUGGAAAGCAUGGUCGGAAAGAAUAUUAGAGGUCAGGUUGAAAGACGAGGGAAGCCAUCAAAAAACGGUUAUAGUGGUUUAUGGUCCAAAUGAAGACGACAGAGCUGAAUGUAAGGAUCAAUUUUGGGAGAAAUUAACAAAAGUAACAGAAGAAGCAAAGGGUGAAAUAUAUAUUGCCGGCGACUUUAAUAGCAGAGUAGGGAAAGGAGAUCACAUAUACAGAACAAUUGUAGGAGAACAGGGGGAAAAUGUAAGAAAUAAUAACGGUAUAAGAUUGUUGGAUUUCUGUUUAAUGCAUAAUCUUGUAAUUACUAACACAUAUUUUAAACAUAAGGAUAUACAUAAAUAUACCAGAGAAGAACGUAGUAGAGGGGAAAAAUCUAUUAUAGAUUAUAUAUUGGUACAGAGAAGUAAUAUGAGAAGGAUUGUAGAUGUAAAAGUACAAAGAGGGCCGGAAAUAUAUAGUGAUCAUUAUCUGCUAGCAGAAAAGAACAUAGCUGAAAAGUUUGAGGGGGCAAUAGAGCAAAGAAUAGAGAAAGAUAUUGAAAUACUGAACGGUAAUAUUGAGGAGAUUUGGAACAAAUUUAAAGAUAUAGUUAUCGAAACGGCAAAACAAGAGUGUGGAACAUGCAAAAAGGAUAACAGGAAGAAACAAACGGUAUGGUGGACAGAAAAAAUUAAAGAACAUGAAAGAAAACGAGUCAAAGAUUUGGUAUUAGAAUCAAAGAAAAAGGCUUGGGAAGAAUUCGGAAAUAAAAUGGAGGAAAAUAGUAAAAAUAAUCAAAAACUGUUUUAUACAGUGCUUAAAUCAUUAAGGUCAACAGAAACAUAUAGUACAUUACAUGUCAAAAGUAAAAACGGCGACACGUUAACAGAUGAAAAAGAUAUAAUGGCACGAUGGAGAGAGUACUUUGAGGAAUUGCUAAAGGCAUCAGAAAAUAUGGAGACAAAUGUACAAAGUGAAUUAAGAGUCCUAGAAGAAAAUGAAGAAGUAAUAACGCUAGAAGAACUAAAAGAGACCAUUAAAGAUCUGAAGAAUGGUAAAGCACCAGGGGAAGAUAAAAUAACUAGGAAUGGCAAGAGCCCCAGGCGGGGCGAGGCACAUCUGCCCACAAUUUGCUUCUGUGGCAAUUGCUCAGGAAUUGCACUGAUCGGACUAAAAACUGGUGCACCUUUAUGUACAAUGCUAGAUAUGUCUUUACUUAAGCGAGAAGUAACAGAUGGCUUAAGCGUCUUAGCAAAUAUAAAAGCAGUACCCAGGAUAUUACAAUAA